AUGGAGAAUGAUUAUCAAGCCUAUCAUCUCAGGAAGUUAGUUGAGGAACUUACAACAUCGGGUAAAGAUAAGCUAGAUGAAAUAACAUUAAAAAAAGUGAAAAAAAUUUGCAAGUCUUCUAAUAUAUACGUUAUUGAACUAUACAGGCUACUCAGUAAACUGCUCAAGAAGAGACAUGCUGAAAUAAGGUUUAGUACUUUCCAAAUUUGUGAUGAAAUUUUUUGCAGGUCUCACUGUUUCCGUGAACUGUUGCUUAAAAACUUUUCAUUUUUUGUUGACCAUGUAUUGGGUUUAGACCCAAAACACCCCCUUCCAAAACCAGAAACAGUUUCCAGAAACCUCAAACAAAAAGCUGUUGAAGCUAUUCAGCGUUGGUAUGAUAAUUUUAGUGAAGGCUAUGUAACACUAAAACUUGGCUAUAAUUACUUGAGAGACUGUAAGAAAGUUGACUUUGCUGAACUGACAGCCAGAACUGUAGCAGAACGACAAAGAGCAGAAGAAGAGAGACAGAGAAAUGAAGAAAUUAAAAGAAAUAAAAUUGCAAAGGUUAACGCUGAUCUUCAAGAAAACUCGUCUGAAAUUAAGGAUUGUAUAGUACAGUUUCGUAAUUGUUUUAGGUUGUUGAUCCCAGAUGUUCAUGAUUUUUUCAUUGUACUAAAUGAUGAAGAUACCUCACAGGCAGGUGGUUUCAUACAUGAUGAUAAAGAUGAUGACAAGGGAGGUUUCCUGCCAGAGGAAGUUGAGGAAGCUACGGAGCAAAUUGAAUAUGGUUCAGAAUUUAUGCGUGGUCAUGGUAUUAUGAAAGGGACUAGUGUACAGAUCAAUUUGGAAGAUGUCAGAAAAAUUCAAGAAACUACAGAUAAUGAGGUAGUGAUACGGAACCUCAAAGAACAUGUACAAAUUCUUAGCACAAAAUAUUUGCCUUUAAUUAAGGGUUGGGAGCAAACUAUGCGACCACAUAGUGAGGGAAAUGGUCAUAUAAUCAAAUGUAUUCUUGAUCUAAAGCAAUUAGUUGAAGGAUCUGUAAAAAUGUUUGAAUCUUUAAAAAUCACUCCUCAAAUUUGUUUGAAUCCUACUGUAAAUGAUGAUUUUGAUAGUGAUGACGAUGAAGACUUUCUAGAGGUGCCUAUUGAUGAUCCCAGAAUAGUGAGUGCUGCAGAGUCAGAAGCUGCUCUUUUAGGCAUGGUAAAAUCAUCUAAAAAAUCACUUAGUGUACAACCCAGUGAUCCCUACAAUCAGCCAUCAACAUCUGGUGUAUCUUGCCUGUCUGAAGAACACACUGCAAAAGAAGCACUUCAAAUGAAGAAAAAGCCUCAGACCAUAAGGUGUCCAGAUGAAUAUCUUGCCAAAGAGAAGUUUAUACCUAAACGCCUUCAAAAUCCACUAGCUGGGCUAAGUCAAGUGUGGACAGCCACCCCAGAUUUACAUGAGCAGGAGGAAAUACAGAAUACUGGAGGUGUUUUGGGAGUUGCAACCCAAAGAGUAAAUUAUGAGCGGAUAUGGGAACCCGUGAAAUGGGCUUGCCGAACGCCACUCAAGUCAGGUCGCUUAUGUCCCCGUAAAGAUCGAGAGAAAUGCCCUCUUCACGGCCCAAUUGUACCUCGAGAUGAAGUUGGAAAGCCUCUUCGUCCUGAAGAUGCAGCUAGAGAGCGUGCUGCUCGUGAACAAUAUGAAAGAGAUCAUCCAGCCUGGCAGGAUCCUCAACUUUUAGCCGAAUUAAAGGCAGCUACAGGUGUUGAUCUCAAAGUGCAAAAAGGUCGGCAAAAACGCAAACGAAGAUAUGAAAAUCUUACUGAUCUGAAGAAGACUACAGCCAGAGAUAGACUUGCCAAGAAAGUACUAAGUGGGAAGGCAUUGCGACGCAUGAAUGCUGCUCUAGCUCGAGAAAAUACAUCAGCCCCAAAUCAGUCUUCCAUCUUUAACUUUGGUCAAAAUUAA